AUGUCCCUCGGAGUAGAGAAGUCUUGGUGGGCUUUUCAGACGGCAGCCUACUUGGUUUGGAGAGGUAACGCAAGGAUAUCAUUCGACGACCAGUGGUCUUUCAGCAGGGAGAGUAACAGUAGACUAACACUGAGAAAUGUCUUUGUUGAUAGCCGGUUCCCAGGACUUACAGAUGCUUUGCCUACUCUUUCAGACGGAUUCCGCAGAGAGCAGGACGGGUGCCCCUUGGUGGCGAUCAGCGCAUCGCCCAACGGAUUUGCUCUCAACACCUUGUCGCUCAAUGGCCAUAUUUCGAGCUCCUUCACCUCAGAGACAUCGGGAUACGACCUGGAGGUGGAUGUACUGGUCCGACAUGCAGUCGUGGCUGUUUUGAACGAGUGGGAUUACUCCGACAUUGUGUCGAUCAUCGUCAAGGCUGCCAGAGUUUCCAACGAUAAUCAACUACCGGAUCAGUUUAUCGAGGGCGUAUUCAAAUAUUACGACUCUAUCAACGGCGCAGAGGACUCUAGUGUUCUCGAACCAUUCUUGCCGCGAGCCUCAGUGUUGCGUCGGAUGCUGUCGUUGCAACUGGUGUUGUUCCAGUCGCUUCCUCGGAAACUAGUUCAAUAUCGGGCAACCAGUGCUCUCUUACACCUUCAGUCCAUCGGCGAGGUGUUCUUGGGAUGCUGUACCUCAGACGCAGCGACUGUGGCGGCUCACAUGGAACCAGGAUCGAACGUGGCAGCAGGACAGAAACCGCUUGCAUUCAACACCGAUGCUCUUUGGUCGCUUUUCCCGCUCUGUGGAUGGGUCCUGGACUUUUGCACGAUCCUCUUCCGUGAGCUGGCUGUGUUUCUCAACCGGAAAAUCAAGCAGGGACCGACAUCCAGUGUUUCACAUGGUGCUGCUAGCGGACACAGCCCUGGCACCUCGACACCCGCACCAAGCAUUUUGUGCUUCCUUUAUCACAGCCGCGCCAAAAAGACCUUGCGUUCAGUCUUGAUCUUGCUAGAGCAGUUUCACGCUUACGUUCGGGUGCGGGAACAACUCUACACCAAUGUGGUCCAGACCGGAGGAGCCAUUGAAGCGCCAACAGUGCCAGGACAGGAAAAAGUCAACAACCACACCAAUUCGAUGACCAUUCCAGAGGCAAUCGCCAUUAAGGACAUCAACAUCGCCAUCCUGUCUAGCCAUGCUGAGGCGACGUUCACGCGUUGUCCACUCAAGAUUGGCAUUCUCAAGUCCAUGCUUCGGGAUCUGAGUGGAAUUGGCCAUCACGUUGAUAUCACACGGCCGAACGGUAUCAACGGCACCUUGCAUCGGACUGGCGAAAGCGGGAUUCUGGAUAAGUCCGCCUCGGAUCACAUUGUUUUCAUCAAAGGUAUCGUCCCGUCAAGCGGCAGUGCAUCGUUAGCUCAAUCAAAGACGGAGCUGAAGAUGAUCACCAGAAGAUACCCGACAGUAUGGGACAUGAAUCGACUCAUGUUUUCGACCAUUCAUUGGCUGGACAUUGAGCCCGCCCAGACGCUCUAUUCGUCCAGGUCAGGAUCGGGAGAAAAGGUCGCCGCCAUGCAUCCUUCACGCUGCCGCAUCGACCCAGCAAAUGCUCUCAAGCCUCGUGUUAUUUCGCCCAUCAACGCGUCUCCCAACCUCGGCCGCCAACAGUUCCCGCUUCUUCAACACCACCCUUCCAACACGAGCACCAUAUCAACGGGAUCUAGAGGGUCGAUCAGCGGUGUCUCAGGGAGAACGGGUCCUGUGUCGAUGAGGGUGUUUACCGAGUCGCCCGGCGAAUUGCCCAUGUCACAUCAGUCGAUUGACCCAGCACUCCGAUCCAUGGGUCACGGGUUGGUGGAUAACUCUUCGACGAUGGCCACUGCUGGAUCAGUUCAUCAUGGAGGAACACUGGAUGGGACUACGCCAUCCAAUCUGGGUUCGCGAACCAUCUGGGGCUUGACGCACGAGGAGCGGGACGAUGACAUGGCAGGGCCUUCUAAUGACAGCCAAGAUGAUGGGCUGUUGAAUCUGAAGGCAAUCUGGAACAAUUGGAGCGUGGCUCUCCAAGGACAACUACGGCUCCAACUGGAUGGUCUAACCGCCAAUGUGGUAACUGAAGAUGACGCCAUGCUGGAGGACGAUGGAGAUGAGGACGACGAGGAAGGAGACAGCGAUGAGGAAAUGUGGGAAUACAGGAACCCGGUGCAACGCAGCAACGGUGGCAGCAGGAGGUCUUCGCUGGCUACCUUGAACCCAUCGUCGUUGUGGCUCCUCCAAGAAUCCAAAUCGAUUUCAACCAGGACGCGGUCAGAAUGGACUCUACUGCCAAUCUUAGCGGACGAAGGAUCUGAUCCAAACUCAGCACAUGUAGAGCCAAUAACAAUAGGUCGAUUGGCAUUGCAAGGUUUGGAGGGGAAAAUCGAGCCAGUGGUCGUGCCGUCUAGUCCCUUUGAAGAUGGAGAGCCAUCACAAACCGAGAUUGAGGCACAGGUCAGGAAGAGACGAUCUGGAGUCGAUCCUAUUCGCAAGGCCAAGAAGUACAAGUCCUCUGGUCGUGGCCGGCAGUGCAUCAGGUACUACCUUUAUGCUAUGCCAAGGUGUAUUUAA